AUGAUACUUUUUAACCUUCUAGAAACUCAGCUAACUCAUAUAUAUAGUUUUCAAGAAAUGAUCAAGAAAGCAUCAAUAUAUAGCCAUCCCUUAGUUCAUCGCUUAAUGGAUCUCAAAGCUCAAAAAAAAGAGAACAGAGAAGCUGAUGAUGACAGGAAAGUGGUUGCAGAGAUCAUGCAGAGGUGUUUUGUUCCAACUUUUGUAACAGCCAUCUCCUGGGAGGGAUUUCAUUUCGUUGGUCAUGAGAUUCGGAUUACUGAAGCCAUGGAUUGUUACGGUGCUGUUGUUUGGCCAUCGGCCCUUGUUCUAUGCUAUUUUCUGGAAACAAAUGUAAAGCAGUAUAACAUGGUUGACAAAAAUGUGAUUGAAAUUGGAGCUGGAACAGGGUUAGUCUCCAUCGUGGCGAGUUUACUUGGUGCACACGUGACUGCCACAGAUUUACCUGAGUUACUUGGAAACCUGCAAUAUAAUAUUUCCCAAAACACCAAAAUGAAAUGUAAGCAUUUGCCUCAGGUUAAAGAGCUCUCCUGGGGUGUAGCUUUAGACAAGAACUUUCCCAAGGCUUCCAGCAACUUUGACUACAUCCUGGCGGCUGAUGUUGUCUAUGCUCAUCCAUUUCUGGAAGAACUCCUCAUUACCUUUGACCAUCUGUGCAAAGAAACCACCGUCAUCUUCUGGGUCAUGAAAUUCAGGUUGGAGAAGGAAAAUAAAUUUGUAGAUAGAUUUAAGGAGUUGUUUAACCUGGAGGAGAUGUCCAGUUUCCCUAGCCUGAAUAUUAAGUUGUAUAAAGCUAUGAAGAAAAAUUGGAGGAGUGCAUGAUAUCCUCAGAGGAGGGCUUGGAAAGGGAAGGCAAUUUCUAGUGAUUAUUAUUGCUUUAACAAAGAACCUGGAUGA